AGUGACUGCAUCCUCCAACUCAUCUCUUUGUCCUCUUAGGGUCACUAUAAAUUCUUGUUCAUCUCAUAUACUACAUUUGGAAUCAUUUACAAGAUGGUUCAGACUCGCCGAAACGCACAAGCGAAAGCAGCAUUUGCGAAUGAGCACAUUCUCAAGCUUCCUACAGAGCUGCACAUGAUGAUAUUCGACUACCUCGCAGACGAGAGGAAGCCAUGGCUCGCGUCCUUGGCCACUCUUUGUAAGACGCUCCUGCCCGAAGUCGAAGCUGUUCUGUACAGGGAGAUCGAGAUUGGCACCUGCAAGUAUGCAUCUGCACUCUGUCGCGCGAUAUCAAAGAGGCGCUACCGCGCCGUCUUCGUCCGAAGACUGGUCCUAUCUGUCAGCGGCGGCACGACCCUCAAAAAGCCACUCAACACUGCGCUCCCGUUGCUCACAAACCUCACAUCUCUCGAACUCGUCGUUGACGAACCGUCCAUAUUCGACAUCCUGCUGCACUGCUCAUUCCGUCUACACACCUUCAUCAUCGGUGGCGAACGGUAUGCCCCAAACUUGGAGGACAUCUUGGCAAGUCAACCGGACAUCGAACGGCUCUCCUUCAUCUUCAUCCCCGAAAACUCGCAAGACAUGGUCCAACCCCAGCUCUCGAGGCCGGACAUUCUGCCGAAGCUCCAGACCCUCACCGCCUUCGCCUCCCGCUUCCCUCUCACCUUCAUCACCUACCCCUACCCUCUUACCCACCUCUCGAUCAUGGCCGCGAGCCACGACGACAUUGCGCACGUCAUGAAGCUGUUCGGAAGCACCCUGGUCACGGUGUGCAUACUGCGGCUCAUUGGUGAGAAAUGCACCCCAGAAUGCUACUGGCCGGCGUCCAUGUUCCGGAACGCGCACCUCUCGAAACUCGAACACGUCAAGGUCACAGAUCUGUACGGCCCCGCUACCGACUUGCCAUGCGAGCAGGAAACCAUGCCCGUCCCCGGCCUCCAGGAAGCCUGUCCCGCACUAAAGACCCUCAUGUGGAGCGUCGACAGCUCCAUAGCCGACGACCUCUACUGGCCGCCGCCCGGCGGCGACGGCCUCGACGGCCGCAUGAUGACCGAGUACGCGCGCCUGCUGUUCGCCACGCUCCCCGCGCUGGCGACUUUCACCGUGCACGAGCUGGGCGACCCGAUGCACCGCGACGAUGACGACGGGGCGGUGUAUGGGGAGGUAUACAGGCGGGCGGAGGGCGGGGAGGUGAAGGGCCCGGAGAACGAGCCGGUCGAGCUGGGGAUGUGGCGCGGGUUGUAUGCACAGUUGUACUGAAUGUGAACUUGUUAUGCUGUGUGGAGUUUGCCAGACGGCAUCAGCGAGGACAUUGUACCACCAUGGCGCCCAUGUCGCCUGUACUAUGGUUUGGGCCCACUAGUAGGGCAGAUUAGUGGCGUGACCUGCCGCUUGCGCUAAUUUGUAUAUCAUCACUUUC